CUUUGUCCCAGUCUCACCCCUUCGUUUCUCGGAAAAUCGAAAGCUGUUAGUUCGUCAUUUGCAUGUAGUUUGCGUGGCCGCAACCAAAAAUGUCAGACGUUUUAGGAAAAUGUCAGUCGAAUGCACCACAAAUACAGCUUCUAGAGGAAAAGCAAGUGGCAAGGAGUAUUGUGGUUUCAAACAUAUCGCCACAGACUGCAAAGGAAGAUGUUACUAUUCACUUCCAGCGGCAGAAGAAUGGCGGAGGUGAAAUCGAUCAUAUACACAUUCCGAAGAUAGGAACGGCCGUCAUAACUUUCGAAAAAAGCGAAGGUUUGUGCAUCCUUGUCUUUUCUAGCUAUUACUUGCACGAAACUAGAAGUGUUUCUGACUUAUAUUUCGUGCACAUGUUCGAGAAUCGUGAAAAAAAUAGGCGGCCGCUUAACGUAGGCGAUGCUGUAUAUACCAAGGGUGGCAAUCUCUCUUGUCGAUAUGUCAUACACACGGUUGGUCCGAGAUGGAAUGACCAUAACAGACAAAGGAGCAUUUCGCUUCUUCAACGAGCAUGCAUGGAAAGCCUCUGUCUUGCAGCAAAGUUGAAACUUUCUUCCAUUGCCCUUCCAGCAAUAAGCUCAGGUAUUUUCGGCAUGCCAAAAAGCAUUUGCGCCCAAGUGAUGUUCAAAGCAAUCGAGGAAUUUAGCUCCAUGACUGACGCCGAAUUCAGCACUCUCCGUGACGUGCGUGUUGUUAUCAUUGACGACCAAACAAUCAGUGUCUUCCGUGAAGAGUUUGUGAAACGCUACACUUCUCAAGAAACGUCAUCAACAACCUCACCACAGCCGGAACACCGUCUACGUACAUCUAAUGAGCAACAAGAAGUUUCUUCCGCCUUAAACGUCCCUGUAAAACAUCCUUCCUUUUCUUCAUUUAAAGAUUCAGCUGAGGAACAAUCCAAGAAGAGCGGGGAAGACAAUUCCAAUGUCGAGUCACCAAAUGAGGGAACCGAUCCAAAUGUGGAAAGCGACAAACCAAGUGAACAUAUGCCCGAUAGUCACAAGAAAGUGCACCCUUCUAACAACAGAAACACUCCAGAUGGAAGCAUAGACAACCCGCCCAAUAGCAACGAAACGACAAAUGUAGAAACUGACCUCCACGGCUCCAACAAAGAAAAAGGCUUAGGAUGCUCUCCUUUAGCGAAAAGGUCCAACACGAGCGGCGAAAAUAGUGAUAAUAUUGAGUCCUCGGGUGAAGGAGUUGGUCCAAACGUGGAGAACAAUAAGCACCGUGAAGAUAUACCCGUCGACAUCAAGGAAGGGCUCCCUUCCAACAACAACAGUAAUCAUCCAAAUGUAAGCAAAGGCAACCCACCCAGUGGUAACAAAAAGUCAAAUGAAAAAACUGAAGUUCAUGGCUCGAACAUGGAAAAAGACAUAAAAGGCCCUCAUUCGGUGAAAAAUUCAAAGUUGUCAAACAUGGCUACUGCAGCUAGACCAUCGUCUGGAAGGGGAAGAGGCAUUCUUGCAGCUAAUUUUUAUGGCAGACUACAACAAGAAGCAUCAAAAUCUGAGUCAAAUGAAAGCACUCUAUUAGCUAAAUCGAGGGAAACAACGAGUGCUUACGUUGGAAAAGGAAGGAGUGUCACAUUUGCUAUUAAUGCCUCACCACCAGGACUGACUGUUACAGAGGAAGGAAAACGUUUUGCACGAAACAUUGGUAACGGAGUGAAAGGUGAUCAGAGCACUGAUCCUGCUGAAGCAGCGAGAGGCACAGAAGAAUCGGAGAGAAAAGAAUCCAGUAACGGGGCGUUUAAGGAAGACAACCAAGAAUCAAAAGAUAAUUAUCAGAAUACUGAUGACGACAAGUUGAUUGGUGUGCCCGGUAACAGAUUACUACAUAAAGAUGGAAUUACCGACAUAGAGGAAACCAAGAAAGACACACUCGAAAAAACUACAACUGACGAUGAGAGGAAACUCCCAACGGAUGAGAAUACGAACAACCUCGCUGGAACCAAUCAGCCCGAGAGUAUGCAAGAAACAGGAGUUCAAUCUGUCAAUUCAAGCUCUAACGCAACAAACAAUGGAGCAUCGUAUCCCAAAGAACCAUCGCCUUUUAAUCACCCUCAAAGGGCUCCAGCGUCAGAGAACUUAACACCGACAGCUUCACAGGAAAGCGUCAAUGUACGAGAUAUAGUGGAAGAAGGACGAGCUGCAGACUCAGAUACAGGUUCAAAACCACUCUUCGAGAUGCAAAAACCUCAUUCAACCGGUGAACCAAAAUGUUCCAUGUGCAUGAAUUUAAACAAAGAUCCUGUUUACCCAGGCAACUGUGGUCACUAUUUUUGCAAGUCCUGCACGAAGUACUUUAUUGAGAAGACGGUGAUCUGUCCAGUUUGCAAGAAAGAGAAUCAGUUUCGAGGGAACCAACCAGUAGGGUACAUGACGUGCAGGACUGAGGCACGGAAUUCACUUCCGGGAUACAAGGAGUUUGGAACUAUAUUCUUGACUUUCAACUUUGACAAUGGAAUUCAAGGUUCAGAGCAUCCAAAUCCAGGAGAGCCUUACUGUGGUUUAUUUUGUACAUCCUACCUCCCUAACAACCCAGCGGGACAAGAAGUGUGCAGCCUGCUGAGGAGUGCUUUUCAUGCACGAUUGAUAUUCACUAUUGGGAACUGCCCAGCUACCGGAGAAAAGAACAAAAUAGUGUCCAACGGCAUCGAACUGAAAUGGAAUCGAAGUGGAGGCCCAGCUAAUUGUGGCUACCCAGAUCCCAGUUACCUUGACCGAGUAAAGAGCCAGCUGACUGAAAAAGUAAUUACACAGCCAUUGAAGUGACAUCUUUACUACGGGUAGAGUAGUUAGAGGAAAGUAGUAUAUUAUGUAUUAUGUGCAAGGCAAGAGACGAUGAUGAUCGUGUCUUGGUGCAAGGCUUAUAGUACUAAUUUCAUUGGAUAAAAGAAUAGGGAUGAAAGAAUAAAAUAUUACAUGAUCGCAGUCCAAACUUUCGUUUAACAAAAUGGCUAUUUUUGUCGCCAUUUAUGAUUGGACCACGGUAUCUCGUUGCCCCUUGCUUGUAGGGACGAGAAGAAGAGUAAACGAUCCCGGAAAAAAAAGUUUCUCGGAGGUUAAUUGAGCUACUAUGCAAUGUGACAUAUUUUAAGUUGUAAAUUUUCUCUUGGAAUUACACAUUGUACGAACAAAGCUCCCUCCGAUUAACGGGCCUUUCUUUUAUGUGUAUUGAAACCAUCUCAAAGUUACUGCAACAGGACACUUGAAAGGUCCGGCGCUUGGUGAAGGAUAUUUUGUCUUUUCCUAUCACAUCUCUGUUGGGUUUUUAUUUCACAAGUUUUAAGUUGUUAUGCAAUUAUUUCGCUUGAUUCUUCCCAGGACAGCGUGGAAAUCGACCCUUCAAUAUGAGUAGAAAUCUAAGAGUAUAAUUAAUCUGUAUCAGUGUAUAUACUAUGAAGAUCCGUGAACAGUUUCAUUCAGUGGUAGACAUUAGUUUCAAGGUUUUUUAUUUUUAUUUUGCAGUAGGAAAUAAUUAAGAACUAAUUCCUGUAAAUAACGCGAAUGAGAUGGCAGUCGCGAAAUUUCGGAUUUCUUCAUAUUUUGCCCAAAUAGCCUCUAUAGUGAGUUGUUUUCGAAAAUACCAUUCAAAGGUCCUGAAGCGCUUUAGUUUUAUCGAAAUCGAGGAAAGUCCGAAAAUAGCCAUUUUAGCUGCCUGACGCAGCCGAAAAUGGCCGAAAAUUGUGCAUUUUCUUUUCGCUCGUACAGAUCAACACGAUGAUAUCUAUCAAUAUAGUUUGGGUAGCUCAUAAUGCAUGUCUUGCUGCUUCUAAAGCAUUAAUUUGAUUAGCAAAAGCUACAAGUGUUAAUAUAUUUUAGGCCGAUACAAGUACCUUCAUCGAAGAUCGUGAGCGAAAAGGCUAAUUUUAGCUAAUUUCAAUACCAUCAGUCAAAACUAAAAUUUUCUGACAGUCCAUACUCUAUAUUAUGUCGUGUGAAAGUUUCUUCCGCGGCCCGAAAAAAGUACCCUGUGGAGGGACAUAAAUGUGUGGUACAUUUUGAUAAAUUCAUCAUUCGUUAAACCAACGUGGAGCUUGGUCAGCUACCUUUAUGAAGAACAAAACUAAGCGAAUGGAAGCCGUUUUCGUCAAUGAAGAUGCUUGUAAUCUGUUUUUUUUUUUUUGUUGCUUGUUUGUUUGUUUGUUUGUUUGUUUGUUUUCCUUUUAGAUUGACCACAUGAUUGACUUUUGCAAACAUUUGCAGUUAAAUGAAAAUAGACGAUGCUUUUGGUACAUUGUAAUGUUAUGCAAAUUUAUUUCGAUCACCGGCACGUGCGUAUCACCCGAAAUUGAUUUUCCUUCCGCCUACCGUUUGUUUCUUUUUGAAGGUUACAACUGUAGCACACAUUAUUCGUUCGAUAUCGGCAGUUUUAAUUUUUGUGGAAGACCCACAGCUGAACCUGACUUCCAGAAAAAAAAAAAACAUUUUUAAAAGUGAAACUUGAGUAAUCAAACGAUUACAGUUACGUCCAUCAUGUUUGGCGUAAAUAUUCGAGCAAAACCAUUUCAUGUAAGCAGGUAUACUCUAAUAUAAAAAUAACCGUCUCAUCGCAGCAUUUCUUGAAAUCCUGGUCUGAGACCAGGCAAUGAUAACAAAGUGUGAGCAGUUGCCGAAACUUCAUGAUCAACUGUCGAAAAGUUGUGGCAUAAUACGCCAAGAUGAUUCAACCUUUGUAUUUCUUACCCGUGUGCUUGCAUAUUCUAAUGAGUACAAUUGCCCCUGUCUUUUACCACCAGAUUUAUAGAUGAAUCGUUCGUUUCCUAUCACCUAAUAUGACACAUACCUCUGAAUAACAGACAUACUGUGACAUCAUUUUGCUUGGAGUGUUCCAACAGUCGUCCGCAACUUGCAAAACGUAAGCAGCAAGACAGAAAACCACAAAGGUUUCUUCGUCAAUCGCACUACGCUGUCCAGAUUUCUUUCUUACAAAGUUUCCAG